AAUAGCACUUGGUUAUUGAUGUAUGUUUAUGAAGCUUACUUUGCUUUCACAAAAUAAAACAAAGAGCUAAGAUCCAGAAGUUGGAUAGAAGGAAACAUGUUACAACAUUGCACAAUAUGUUUACAUUAUCUGCUCUGAUGUUACACUUUGUACUGAAUGUGUGUAUCUGAGUCAUAAGUGUGUAGCCAGUAACAAAUUGACAUUCUCUUAUAAAUCAUCUUGUUAUAGAUACAAAAGAUCAAUUUACCUAAUCACAAAGUUCUUAAGCGAUGACAAAUGCAUAUAUGAUUAUGUCUGAAUGUACACAGUAGCAGUUUAAUUUUGAAUGUCUCUGUAUGACAUAAAAAGUGUGCUUCUAAAUACUGUUAACAUUAAAUAAGUUGACAUUACUGAGCUGUUGGCACAUGCAACAUCUGUGAAGUGAUUAUAAAAGGUCUUGAACUGAACAAGAAUGCAUAUAUUCAAUGCAACAAGUAGUGUUCUUCUCCAAACCAUGCUCCUAUUAGUGAACAAGAAUCUACAACACACGGACAACACAAAUGUUCUCCAAUCUGACAUAAACAAUAACAGCACUGAGAAAUAUUGUUACAACCCUUUCGGCUGUUAUGAAAUGUCUUAUCCAUGGGCUGAUGAAAUCUUGCGACCUGUGAGUUAUGUUCCAGAAUCACCAGAGAAAGUGAAUCCCAAAUACUGUCUCUAUACACAACACAAUAUGGAUAUUUGUCAGAACCUAAACAUCAUGGACACAAGUUCACUGGAACAGUCAUUUCUUAUGCCUUUUCAUAAAGUUUAUUUCAUCACUCAUGGUUUUAUACAGCACGGCUACAAGAAAUGGAUAAAGAAAAUGACAAUGGAACUAUUAAAAUUGUCAGAUUGCAGUGUGAUAGUUGUAGACUGGAGCGGGGGGUCAGGACCUCCUUACCCUCAAGCAGUCGCAAACAUCAGACUUGUUGGAGCCAUGACAGCCCACCUGAUAAAUCAUAUUGUUGUUCAAGUGGGAACUAAUCCAGAGCUCAUUCACUUUAUUGGCCAUGGUCUUGGUGCACAUAUGGCUGCUUAUGCUGGGCAAACUACACAGAAAGACUUCAGAUACAAAUUAGGACGAAUUACAGGUCUUGAUCCAGCAGAACCCCACUUCAGUAAGACAGAUCCAAUUGUUCGUCUGGACCCUACAGAUGCAGAUUUUGUAGAUGUAAUUCAUACAGAUGCUGGACCAUUCCUCAGUGGAGGGCUGGGUAUCUUGCAGCCUAUUGGACAUGUGGAUUUCUACCCUAAUGGUGGAACUGAACAACCUGGGUGUCAUGAAGGUGUUAUAUCACACAUAAGAAAAGGAAGCAGAAAUUUUUACAGAGGUAUCAGAAAUAUGAUAAGUUGCAACCAUAUCCGAAGCUACCAGUACUUCACAGAGUCCAUCAAUCCAGGGCCUUGCUAUUUCAUGGGUACAGACUGUGGUUCAUGGGAGGAAUUUCAGAAUGGUAGCUGCUUUAACUGUUCCAAAAGCAACAAAUGCCCUUUCCAAACUAAAUUUGGAAUGCACGCAGAUUCAUUUCUUAAGAAGGGGACCGCAUAUGAAUCACCUCUGAGACAUUCUCUGCCAAGAUCCAAUAUCAGGUUGUUCAUGAUGACUGGAGCAGAAGAACCUUUCUGCCGGCAUCAUUAUUACAUUAUAUGGAAAAUUUCUGACUCAUGCAAGAGUGUACAACAUGGAGGGGAAAUUGGAUUAAUGUGGGUCACAAUAAAAGGAGAGAAAGGAAUUACGACGGACAUCAGACUGACACAACUGGAAGAGUAUUAUGAACCUGGUAGUGAACACCGGGUGACAGUACCUGGAGCCCCUGUUGGAAAACUGGAGUCUGCUGUACUGCGUUGGGAAUAUCGAACAAACCCACUGAACCCACUGACAUGGAGGUUCAUCACCACACCUCGCAUCUAUAUUAGCUGGAUAAAGAUGGAAAGCAUAGAGGAGGGGGACAGUCUGACAAUUUGCCCUGCAGAAGAUGUACCUCUUACUGCAUGGAAACCACUGAUUUUGAGCAAGAGGCCAGGCCAAGACAACUGUAAUAUCACACCAACAUACAAACAAAGGACAAACUGCGAAGAUAGUCUGAUGACAAGUCAUAAUUAAAGAAAAUGAGCAUUAUAAUAUUGCACUGUGAUUCUUUUACUAAAGAAUAAUCACAUUUAGGUACGACUACUUCAGUUUAAAGUUGCUGUUUUGGACAGCCUGUGAGAUUUUUAGAUAUUCAUUGAAAGAACAAUUUUUUUUAAUUGUCUGAUUGUUACACUUUCAUGAGCCAGUCAAUAGAGCAGAUAUAAACAUAAUUAGCAUCUGUUUCUAUUUGGUAGAUUCACAAAUUCCUUUUAUAAAUUAUUAAAACUCAUCCUAAUUGCUCAUCACUGAAGAAGGUUGGCAAUCUCUAAACUCUAUCUAACAAGAGGGAUUAAAUAGCUCACAUAAUAGUCUCAGUGGACUGCAUAAUCCAAUCUCCUAACAUGUUUCCAAUAUGAUGUAAGAAACACAAAAAUAUGAUCCUUCCAGCAUGUUUAUUCCAAUAGCAUCACCACUGGUAAUUGUAUAGCCAUCAUUUAUGGUACACCAUUUUAUAAAUUGUUAUGUCUACAACUAGGUAUUACAUGCUGAGAAAUGGAGAAAAUAAAUGCUUGGAUGAAGUACUCAAAUGAUUAA